AUGAGGGGACCCCCAAAACGUGAUAUUUCUAGCUAUAUCGAAAAAACGAAUGAAAAGAAUUUAUAUAAAAUAAAAAAAGGAUUGGUUAAUGAUAUGAAUGUAGAAGGACAUAUAUAUGUAAAUGAGAAAUUAAAAAUGUUAUUAGAUGAAGAAAUAGCAACAUAUGAAUUAAAUAAGAAUUCAACAUUUCUUCCAGCAGUAAUGCAAAUUGCGAAUGUAUCUACAUUACCAGGUAUAGUAAAAGCAUCUAUAGCAUUGCCAGAUGUACAUGCAGGUUAUGGGUUCUCUAUAGGAAAUGUGGCAGCAUUUGAUAUGAAUGAUGAGAAAGCAGUUGUAUCUCCAGGAGGUGUAGGAUUUGAUAUAAAUUGUGGUGUUCGUUUAAUACGUACAAAUUUAUAUUAUGAGGACAUAAAACCUAAACAAGAAGAAUUAACACAAUUAUUAUUUAAUCAUAUUCCUGUAGGUGUAGGAUCACAAGGAUUUAUUUUAUGUAAUCAAGAUAAUUUAGAUGAUGCUUUAUGUUUAGGAAUGGAUUGGUGUGUGAAAGAAGGAUAUUCAUGGAUUGAAGAUAAAUUAAAUUGUGAAGAUAAUGGUAGAAGUCUUUAUGCUGAUAGUAAUUAUGUUUCUAUAAGAGCAAAGAAAAGAGGAAUUACACAAAUGGGAACCUUAGGUGCAGGAAAUCAUUAUGCUGAAGUCCAAAUUGUAGAUGAAAUUUAUGAUAAAAAAAGUGCAAAAUUAAUGGGUAUUGAAAAAAGAAAUCAAGUAUGUAUUAUGAUACAUUCAGGUAGUAGAGGUCUAGGGCAUCAAAUAGCUACAGAUGCAUUAAUAGAGAUGGAAAAAAGUAUGAAUAAAUAUAAAAUUAAUGUUAUAGAUAAACAACUUGCUUGUACACCUAUACAUUCAAAAGAAGGACAAAAUUAUUUAAAAGCUAUGGGUUCUGCUUGUAAUUUUGCAUGGAUUAAUAGAUCAUCUAUGACAUUUUUAGCUAGACAAACUUUUUCAAAAAUUUUUAAUCAAUCACCAGAUGAUCUAGAUAUGCAUGUAAUAUAUGAUGUAUCACAUAAUAUAGCCAAAAUUGAAGAACAUUAUAUAGAUGGAAAAAUUAAAAAAUUAUUAGUACACAGAAAAGGAUCUACAAGAGCAUUCCCACCUUUUCAUCCACUUGUAUCAUUAGAUUAUCAAUAUUGUGGUCAACCAAUAUUAAUAGGAGGUACCAUGGGUACCUAUUCUUAUGUCUUAACAGGAAAUGAAAAAGCAAUGCAAGCAACCUUUGGUUCCACAUGUCAUGGAGCUGGUAGAGCAUUAAGUAGAAAUAAAAGUAGAAAUACUUUAAGUUAUGUAGAUGUACUGCAUAAAUUAAAAGAACAAAAUAUUUCUAUACGUGUUGCAUCUCCUAAAUUAAUUAUGGAAGAAGCACCAGAAUCAUAUAAAAAUGUUUCUGAUGUUGUUCAAACGUGUCACGAUGCAGGGAUAUCAAAUAAAUGUUUUCGUCUAAAACCUGUAGCCGUCAUAAAAGGAUAA